AUGGAGUGUGAUGACAUGGACUGUGACGACAUGGAGUGUGACGACAUGGAGUGUGACAACAUGGAGUGUGACGACAUGGAGUGUGACAACAUGGAGCGUGACAACAUGGAGCGUGACGACAUGGAGUGUGACGACAUGGAGUGUGACGACAUGGAGCGUGACGACAUGGAGAGUGACGACAUGGAGUGUGACGACAUGGAGUGUGACGACAUGGAGUGUGACGACAUGGAGUGUGACGACAUGGAGUGUGACGACAUGGAGUGUGACAACAUGGAGUGUGACGACAGGAAACUAGGGAGGGGGGAAGAUAGUGAAGAUGAAGGGGUAAUGAACAUCACUGCUGGUUACCCUCUUCACCACUAA